ACGGGCGUCCACGUAGUGUGCCAUGCCAAGGCUGUGGCAUGGGGUCACGGUCGAGCCAUGCUAGAGCGCUGGAGCAGCCCAGAGAAGUCCAGAAGCAGCUGGGAGGUCUGGAUAAGGCCCAGAACAGUGAUCUGGAUGAGGACGUGAACAGUGCUCCGGAUAAGCUCGUGUACAGUGCCAGACAAGGGGUCUGGAAUGGGCUUAAUGGGGCAAGCCCAACCUGGGGUUUCUCCUGGGCCUUGUAAAUAAUUCUAGAAUAGAGGAUUCUAGAAUAAUGUAGGCUUAGGAGGGAGAAUGGAGGGUAUUCUUGUAAUUGUACAAAUGAGGGGAUUUAUGUGGGGUGUUCUAGAGACUUCACUUGCAAAGGGCUCUUGGGCUGAUCUCUUCUAUAAAUAGGGGUGGCCAUAGUAGAGGAGAUCAGUUAGAGUUAGAGCUGAGGAGUUGGAGAGGGAGUGAGCUGCUAGGUGAGAGUGAGUGCAGAGAGGGGCUUUGUACUCAUGCUCUUGUACACUCCCUUGCGAUUUAAUAAAUUUUCUUCUUCUCCCAACUUCCUACCUUCUUGUUUCUGUUGCUAACCUCAAGCCCAGUUAAGGGGCCACGCCAGUGUUGGGGAAGGCUGACUUGGUUCAAGUUUAACGGGGUUAAUUCCGAGCUA